CUGCAAUAUCCAAUUAAAAUGUUCAUAGCUGAAUUUUAAAAGGUUUUAUUCAUUUUAUUAUAUAUAUAUAUAUACAGUAAAUCCAAUACAGUGUGUAUGUUGAUAUGAUGUAUGUUGUUUAUAGGUGAACCCCUGAGGAUUGUGCUGAUUGGAAAGACUGGAGUGGGGAAGAGUGCUUCAGGAAACACCAUUCUGGGGGAAAAAGAGUUUAUCUCACGGAUUUCUGCUAAUUCUAUCACACAUACUUGUGCCAGAAAGAGUAUGAUUAGUCCCAGACACAUUGAGGUGAUUGAUACACCUGGUAUUAUAGACACUGACACAGAUGCAGAUGAUGUCAAAAGAGAGAUAGUGAAGUGCAUUAAAUACUCAUGUCCAGGGCCCCACGUAUUCCUGCUGGUGAUUCAGGUGGACCUCUUCACUAAGGAGGAGCAGAAUGCAGUCAGGGCCUUACAGGAGAUCUUUGGGGAAAAGGCUGCAGACUACAUGAUGGUGCUGUUCACUCGUGGUGAUGACCUUGGGGGUCAGACUAUCAAACUGAGGGAAGUGAUACGGAGCUGUGGUGGACGAUCCCAUGUAUUUAACAACCGCAGCACUGACCGCACUCAGGUUUUUCGGUUGGUGGAGAAAAUAGAUGAGAUGGUGGCAGUAAAUGGGGGAAAUUACUUCCCUGAGGAGACGUACAAAGAGACACAGAGGGUCAAGACAGAAAGAGAGUUAACCUAUAGCUCACCUGAGUUAGACAGGUAUCUUCCUUUCAUAUCUCUCCUGUUGACGAGGGUGGAAGUCUUUCAAAAGAUUCUUUAUGAGGACGAGACACAGAGGGUCAUGAGAGAAAGAAAGAGAUCCAGUAGCUCAAAUGAGUUAGACAGACCUGGGUUUCUGACUGAAGACUGAAGAUAAUUUGAUCAUACAUCAAGUGAUUCUGUAACAUGGUUGGGCAUCUUAGGUGGUUAUUGAAAUGUAUUGUGAUAUUGAUUACUAUGGUAAUCCACUUACUGAAACAACAUUCACAAGUGUCUGACAUUUUCAUUGUUCUGCAAUAUCCAAUGACAUCUUUAUAGCUGAUUUUUAAAAUUAUUAUAAAUUUUACUUUGUAGAUUAUUUUAUUGAAGGGGUGUGUGUUUAAAUCAUUUGUUUAAGAUAACUUGUUGAUGGUGACUCAGGUGGUCUUUUGGUAUCCAAAUGUUCCAAUGAGCUAAUAAUGACUGUGAAAUAUCUUAAAGUGAUUAUAGUUUGCAUGUUUGACAAGAGUGUUUCAUAUGUAGCCAAUACUUAA